GACAGCAUUACUAAUCUUUUCUGCACAAAGUACAUUUUAUAUUUUAUUUGAUUAUAAUUUCCAUUAUUAACAUGAAAAUUAUUUCUUGUUAAUAUCAAAAAUACUAUCAAUCUGCCUUAAAUUGCAGUAAAACAAACAAAAUAUUACAAUCAAAAUACAAAAGAAAAAAAAAACAUGUUUCUUCGAUAAAAUUUUAUCACAAAAAAAAAUAUAUCAAAUAACUCGCGCGUGCUAUUUCUCCCAUUUAUAAAAGAAGUCAAAAAAAAAAAAAAUUGUGCUCCUUCAUUCAUCCAGAAAAAAACGGCGGCGACACCAUCACCGAACAACUCCACUCAACAUCCAUUCAUUAGAAUUUUUUUUAUAAUAAAAAAAAUAUCCAGCAGCAAGCAAACAACGACGAGACGGAAAAAAAGGCCAACAAAAUAAAACAAUAAAACACCAAAAAAAAUUACAGUUGUUUGUUUAAAUUUGAGUGUGAAUAGCAACAGUAACCAUCAUCAUCAGUAGCAAAAAUGGGUACAACAUUGUCAGAACCUAUAACAGCUAAGGAAUCAUCGUAUUGCCAAAAUGAGCAAUAUCGUGUUGGAUCGAGUUGCAUGCAAGGCUGGCGCAUAAGUAUGGAAGAUUCGCAUACGCACAUCCUCUCACUUCCCGAUGAUCCUGGUACUUCAUUUUUUGCCGUUUAUGAUGGGCAUGGUGGCGCUACGGUUGCGCAAUAUGCGGGGAAGCAUUUACACAAAUUUAUAAUAAAAAGACCGGAGUAUGAGGAGGAUAUACAAUCGGCCUUGAAACAGGCCUUCCUUGAUAUUGACUCAGAAAUGUUAUACAACGAAUCUUGUGGCGAACAAAUGGCUGGUUCCACUGCUGUGGUUGUGCUAAUCAAAAACAAUCGACUGUACUGUGCCAAUGCAGGAGAUUCUCGAGCUGUAGCCUGUGUGAAUGGUGAUGUUGAAGUUCUAUCGCUGGAUCACAAGCCAAAUAAUGAUGCUGAAACAAAACGUAUUUAUGAAGGUGGUGGCUGGGUGGAGUUCAAUCGUGUCAAUGGCAAUUUGGCCUUAUCGCGUGCAUUGGGUGAUUUUGUUUUCAAAAAGAAUGAAUCCAAGAAACCCGAAGAACAAAUUGUUACAGCUUAUCCCGAUGUUGAAACCCGUGAAAUAACCGAAGACUAUGAAUUCCUAGUGCUUGCCUGUGACGGAAUCUGGGACGUUAUGACCAACCAAGAAGUUAUUGAUUUCUGCCGCGAGCGCAUUGCCAGCGGCAAGUACCCCGAAGAAAUUUGCGAGGAACUUAUGACCCAUUGCUUGGCCCCCGACUGCCAAAUGGGUGGACUUGGUGGCGAUAAUAUGACCGUCGUUCUAGUAUGUUUCCUACACAACAAAUCCUACGAGGAUUUAAUAGAACGUUGUGCGUCCAGCACAUCAACUGCAAACAAUACCAACACUGCUACCAAUAAAUGGGAGUUGAAGAAAAUUCCUGUCUAGUAAUAAUGAUUUAAAAAAAAAAAAUAUCCAAACAUUCUCCAUACUCUAUUUUAUAUGCAUAUAUAUUAUAUAUUUUACGUUACUUAAUGAUUGUGUUCGUUUUAGCUUUUCUUUUCUUAAAAAAAAUGAUUAUUUUUGAAAAUAUCCUAAACGAAACGAGAUAUUUCUACCGUGAGUAAUUUUUUAAAAACAUUUUGUUUUGAUUUGAUUUUAUGGACAGACAGAAUUCAAUAGUAAAAUUCAUUGUCUGCUUUAAAAACUAAACACACUUACAAACAAAAACACACACCAAUGCAUAUGUUUUCUUUUCUAAAUUAGAAAUUUUGUACAUAAAAAAAAUUAAACAAAAAAAAAAUCAAAAAUCAUAAUUAGUAAUACAAUUAAAAAAAAAAAAAAGAUUGCCGCAUGUGUUUGGCUAUAAGAUCUAUCAAUUAAAAAAAACGCUGAAAAAGCUAUGAAAUGUUUAUUAAGACA